ACAACAAAAAGCUGCAUGAAGGGGGUGCGAGGGGAAAGAGGUAUAGUAACAGGGAAGGGACGCUCUCUCCCUCCUCACACUCCUUUUUCUCUCUCACGCACCCCACCCGCGCUCACUCUUCCGCCUUGGUUGAGGCCCCCUUCCCGUCCUCCGGCCUCCAAGCGCCGAGUGGCGCGCCUGCGCGGAGGCAAGAUACCGACUCCUUUUCCUCUGCCUUCCAUGGAGCAUCCCGGUGCUGAGAGCCCUGGCGGCGGGAGCAGUAGCGGAGACAGCAGCAGUAGCACCCAGGAAGGCGACGAGCCCGAGUCUCCCGGUGUUCCUGGGCCUGAGGGAGAGGAGGAGACAGUAGCCACAGCCACGACAGCAGUGGCCGGACCGGCAACUUGCGCGAUGAUAGAAGAUUGCUUAUUGAAGAAAAUAGAAAUUAGUGUUGCAGAAGCAGAGAAACGGACUGGGCGGAAUGCCAUGAACAUGCAGGAAACUUACACUGCUUACCUCGUGGAAACAAGGGCUGUGGAGUCUCAGGCUGAAGGGCAGUGUUCUCCCCCAGAUUCUCUCUGGAGGCGAUACAGUGAAUUUGAAUUGUUGAGGAAUUAUUUGCUAGUUAACUACCCACAUAUUAUUGUACCACCUUUGCCAGAAAAAAGGGCAGAGUUUGUUUGGCAUAAGUUAUCAGCAGAUAACAUGGAUCCAGAUUUUGUAGAAAGAAGAAGAAUUGGCUUGGAAAAUUUUCUCGUGCGUGUGGCUUCACAUCCCAUUCUUUGCCAGGAAAAUAUUUUUAAUGCAUUUUUAACCCAGGAAGGUGGAUGGAAGGAGAUGGUGAGUGAAACAGGAUUUCAGCUAAAGGCAGAUUCUAGGUUAAAAGCUCUUAAUGCAACAUUCAGAGUGAAAAAUCCAGACAGGAGAUUUACAGAGCUUAAACACUACAGUGAUGAGCUGCAGUCUGUCAUAUCACACCUUUUGAGAGUUAGAGCUAGAGUGGCGGAUCGACUGUAUGGUGUAUACAAAGUCCAUGGGAACUAUGGGAGAGUUUUCAGUGAAUGGAGUGCAAUAGAGAAGGAGAUGGGGGAUGGCCUGCAGAGUGCUGGUCAUCACAUGGAUGUGUAUGCAGCUUCAAUUGAUGAUAUACUAGAAGAGGAAGAACAUUAUGCAGACCAGCUGAAAGAAUAUCUCUUCUAUGCAGAAGCUCUUCGGGCUGUUUGCAGGAAGCAUGAACUUCUUCAAUAUGAGUUAGAAAUGGCCGCUCAGGAUCUGACAUCAAAGAAGCAGCAGUGUGAGGAGUUGGCAACGGGAACAGUGAGAACAUUCUCCUUGAAGGGAAUGACCAGCAAGCUGUUCGGCCAGGAAACACCUGAACAAAGAGAAGCAAAGAUAAAAGUGCUAGAAGAACAGAUACAUGAUGGAGAAGAACAGCUCAAAGCAAAGAAUUUAGAGAGCCGAGAUUUUAUGAAAAGUGCCUGGGUUGAUAUUGAACGCUUCAAAGAGCAGAAGAACCAUGACUUGAAAGAGGCCCUAAUAAGUUAUGCUGUAAUGCAGAUCAGUAUGUGUAAAAAGGGAAUUCAAGUUUGGACAAAUGCAAAAGAAUGUUUCAGCAAGAUGUGAUAUUUGGAACUCAGUCCUUCGUGGCAAAUUGCCAGAUAACAGAAGCACAAGUGCAUGAACAUGGAUACUAAGUUGCUACAUUAUUAAAUCAUGGAAUCGAUGUAAUUGUGAAAGUAGGGCACAAAGAAUUGGUCUCUGUUCCUUGAUGGCCACCUUGUGGCUUGUUAUGCAUGCAGUAGCAAAUUGAACAUUGUAGUUAUCUCUUGAGGUAAGGUUAUAGGGAGGAUCCAAGUUGGCUCCAAUGAUUACCCGUACUAGGCUCUUGAACCACCAAUCUUUGCACUAUGUAAAUCAUUUCCAAGUGCACCUUCUUUAUAUGUUGCUGUUUCACAUGUGUAAUAUAACAUAUACUGAUGUGGACUUCUUUUCUCUGAUGGCACAACAUUAUGUUUUCAUAGUUUCAACUACAUCUAUAAUAUAUCACAUGCAUUGUGCAUCUCUGAAGAAACUUUUUUUAAAAAGUGUAAUGUUUAUAUCAAAUUUUUAAACAAAAGGGACGUUGUGUACAGUACAACGAGAUGUUUCUGUGCUAAAAAUGUAAAACCGAUAGAAAUUAAUUAUAGAACUUUUCUACUUGCCAGCACAUGACUGAAUAAUAAGCACUGAAUAAUUAGUUACUGUUACCAACCUCAGUAAAAAUGCUUAACACCAGCUUUAAAUUGAUUCAGCAUCAUCCAUUAAGUUAAGAGUGUUAUGUUCUCCAUUAAUAUUUCAGUUUAAGAUUAUGCUGAAUAUAAAAUUGUUCCCCUUCUGAACAUUAGUGGUUGCUUCUGGAAGAACACUGUUAAUCUGAAUUGGGUUUGCUUUACACUUGUAGCAACAUAAAUGUGAAUUGCAUUAAUUUUGUUUACUGCACUUGUUUUAUCCAGAUCUUUUUGAAAGGGACAUAAGUAGAAUGAAUUAUUUGAUGUCCUUUCUGGUAUAGUGUGUUCAAAAGCAAGGUAGCUCUUGCUAGCUCUGAAUCUUAAAAUGCAAGACACUGAUUCCCAGUUGUAGGAAAGAUCUAAUGCCCGUUUGCCUCUUCUGCAUAGGAGUAUUUAAAAUGUUACUUGACUGAAUGUGUAAUCAAGCCAGACAUAAUUGUAGCAAAGCUUCUGAGAUUAAUAGUACUCAUUUGUCAAGUAUGCAUUUAAUUAUUUCAGAUAACAUCAUAUUAGGUUACAUAUACCAGAAAAACCUCUUAAUACAUUUAUUUCCUCAAAUCAGAUCUUGUAAGAAAUUCUUGCUGCAAUUAUAAAACCAGCUUUGCAGAGGAAAACAUUUUCACCUAAAUUAUGUCAUCGUUGAUGCUUUUUCUAAAGGUUAAUGACUUUUCAAAAUGGUUCCAUCUUCAUUGUUUAAGUGGAAAAUUCAGUCAGCUUAAGAUGGUUGUAUAUUGCAGAUCACUUCAUUUCAGAGAACUGUAGAAUCUGGGUCCUAAAACCAAUAGAGUAAAAACUUGUACAUUCCAAAAACAAUAAGCAGCUACAAAGUUAGAUUUUUCUAGUAAACCUCCUAGAGUAGUUGUGCCUUAAUUUAAUACCACUAGGCACUUGGAGUCAAUAUUUUCCAUGCACUUGAUCUUCCUAGUGCCUUUCCCCCUACCCCUUAUUUCAUAAGCUGUGUAUCUUAAAUGUAUUAGUAUGCCUUUUUCUUGCUAACUGUGUUAAAUUUGAGAAGGGGUCAAAAGGUUUUUGUAUGCUUUGUGCCAAAUUCUAAAUAAAACUACACUUUAUUAUU